CGAUCCGGUAGGCUGCACGGACCGUGCUGCGCCCCCCGCGCCGCGCUAGCGCUAGUCCCCUACCCCCCUGAGUUGCGACACCGCCCGCCACGCGCGCGUCCCCGGCCGGCCUGAUCUCCCCUCGCCGGUCGUUCCGUUGCGCCUCUGUUGGCCGCGCUCUCUCCCGCCCCGACCAUGGGUCCGUGAUGCGAUCCCAUACAUUUGGUGGUGUGGUGACUUCUCGCGUUCCGUGAGGCGCUCGCGGGGACGGGAGGAGACGCGCGUUCGGUUGGUUCGGCGCGACGAGAUGGUGCAGGAGCCGAGCAACAGCAGCAACCACCACCUGCAGCAGCAGCUGGCCAAGUACGGCGGCGGGACCGGCAACGGCAACGGCAACGGCAACGGCGCGGCCACCGGCGUGGCGCGGGCGUCGAGGAAGAACAAGCCCAAGAAGAUCCCGCAGCGCGGCCUCGGCGUGGCGCAGCUCGAGAAGCUCCGCAUCGAGGAGCAGAAGAAGAUGGGGGGAGGGCCGUCCGCGGCCACGCCGUCGUCGCACGCGCUCAACGGCGGGGCCCUCUGCCACCUCCCCGCGCCCACGCUGCACCAUCACCUGCCGCCGCCGCCCCCGCUGAGCGCCCUCUCGAGGCCGGCCGCCGCGGACCACUGCGGCUUCCCGCCGGCGCUCUGGAGCCCGGCGGAUCCGGCGAAGCACCCGUACAAGAGAAGCCUCUGCCCCCAACCUCCACUCCCAAUGGUACGUGCCUGCCCUCCCCACGUCACCGCACGGCGUCUGCAUGUAUACACGGACGACGGGACGAGGUCUCAAACUUUGUGCAAAUCUUUCCUUGACCAGGUGAGCACGGGCCUGUCCCUGACGGCGCCGUCGAGCCACCCACCGGAGCCCCCUUCAAACCAAAUGUACAGCAGCAGCAGCAGCAGGAGGAGGAGGAGCAGCGCGGCGGCGCCGGCGCCGACGGAGGACGAGAGGGUACGUAUAUAUGUCUCACGCCGCCCCCGUGAUGAACUUGCCUGUGAUGGAUGGUCGCUAAAUGUGGAUUUGGGUAGAGUGUAGGAACCGGCCGGCGUGGAUAGGUCCUGGCCCUUCAUGUUCGAGGGGAUGACCCCAUUCACGACGACGAGCAAAGCCUUCCCCCCUCCUCCGUUGCCGCCGUUCGCCGUCAGGACGGCGAGCGAUUCCGGGCUGGCCGAUGUUACUCCUGACCUGAGCAGAUACGAGUUCAGAGCAACCAAUUAUUUCAGUGCAAGUGCGUACCCAAGUUGUUCAGACUGGACGCCAGAGUUCGGUCACUGCAAGGAUACCGGCCGUAGCAGAGACGCUGGCUUGCUCACCCUGAGCUCGCGGCCUCCACAACUCAUGAGGCAGCCUCAUGUGGUGCCAUCAAUGCACAUCCCGGAGUACGGCGGCUUCAGUGCCAGUGCCAGCGCCGUGCCAUCCCAGGCAAGUGAAACGCCACGCUCUUCUGAACCCUGUAAAAAUGCGUGAGCUUGCUCUGACUGUAACUGAUGAAAGCUUCUUGAUCAGCUCGGGAGCGUUUCAGCUUCGCCGUCAUCGUCGUCCCUGCCAUUCUACAACUUCCUCCCGAUCGGCCCGGUCGACCAUGAGAGAGCCCCGAGCGAGCGGAAGGCCGACGUGUCGGAUGGGGAAAUCGACUUGGAGCUCAAGCUAUGGAAGGGCUGACCAAAUCUGCAAUGAACAUUAGGAAGUUGUGGAGAAGGGUACGUAGAGACAGAUGUGUUCAAGUAGUAACAUCAGAUGUAUCAAGAGAUGUUUUCUAGUAGGACAUGUUUUUCACUGCCAAUAAACCUUCUUGUGAUAUGGUUCAAUUUACUGAGCCACCAUGUUCAUUUCUGGCUGGCGAAGUGAAGUAGAGCAGUGUGCAUGACGGAAGCAGGGGGCUUUUAUGUAUGGUCCAGGCAAGCUGGUGCCAAAUGUAGUAGAAACUCAACAGAAAAGUGUGAGAUGGGUAGAUGAUGCCGGCAGCGGAAAGGAGAGCAUGUGCAUCGUGCAAGGAUGGGCAUGGCUUCACAGCUAGCUUGUGGGGUCUCUCCUGUGCACAUCUAGCAGUGCCACAAUGCAAUUUUCUCUCUCACACACACACAUGACAACCUAGAAAAUGCCACUCCAUAAUCUUCAUACGAAGGGCAAAAUCCAGAUAAAAUAGGUUAAUAAUCUCAAGCUUAUUUCUAGCAUGUAGCUCCCAGUAUCCUCCGGAUAUGUUUAAUAUACCAUUACCGAAGAGAAGAGAACACACAAAAACGCUACGCCCAGACGAGACCUUAAGAUAGAUUCAUGGAUACACAAUGCACACCGUGGAUAUGAACACAAUAAACACCUCCAAGUCUAGACAGAUAAAUUACAAUGAGUCAAAAA